AUGGCAAUUUUUAGAAGUAAGAGUGGAAAAGAAGUUGAGUAUCAAACUCACGGUGAAAGAGAUUACAAGACUCACACCGCCAAUGUACACGAUCCAAUUUUAUCAGCCGUUAAUGAAGCUCAACCUUUUGAAGAAGCAGCUGAUAGAUCAUUUGGUAGAAGACCAUCAUACUUGAGUCAAGAUUCAUCCAAUUUGAAAGACAUUUUCGGGCAAAAUAUCAACCAAAGUGAUAUGUCCAAUCCUACUAGAUCAAGAAAUGAAAGACCUUUGGAUACUAUCAGAGGAUUCGAAUAUGCUAUCACAGGUGACAUGAAUUACAAAGAUCAAUUAGAAAGUAGCAGAUUAGGUUGGGGAUUCCAUGAAGAUUUCCCAUUCCAGAAUUUCUCGAAUUCAAAUGACCAGCAACAGAAUUUCCACGAAAGACCAACCAUCAAUUUCGAUAAUCAACCCAUGUAUAAUGCUCAAAAUUAUUCAGCUAGUGAUUUAAAACAAACAAAUCAAAAGAAAAAGAAAGGAUUAUUCGGAAGGAAAAAAUAA